AUGCGGCACCUGAUGGAUAAGCAGAUGAUGCUACGGGAUGGCAAAUAUCUCAAGGCUGUCCACUCGUUCAAGAUCGUCAAACUUUUGGGAAUAGUCAACAGCUCACUAGUUUUCACUGCAAUGUACACGCUAUACAAUGAGUAUGAGGAAUUGAGAAUGCAACACCUUGUCCCGUCCAAAGCCUUGUCCCACCUGAAGCAUGCAUUUGAUACUAUGCGAUCAGCCUAUGACCUUUAUGCCCAUGACCAACCAGAGAUAUUCUUUACUGACAACAUUGGUGGUGAUCAAAAGUUUCUUAAAGACGUUUUGCCAUCGCCGACAAGAGAUGCCGUGCCUGUCAAUACCCCAGAACCUGUGGAUACCUCUCUCAUUGAUCAUCUACCACCACUCACAUACCUGACAACACCAGUACAUAUUGAUCUUUAUUGCGUCUCUCAUCUUGCACACUUACCACCAUCGUUGAUCACUUUACUCUCUACUGAAAUCGUAUCCAAGAUUAGCCGUCAAGUGGGUGGUGAUAUACGUAAAAUCAAGCGUGAUUUCGACUUGCAUGAAUUGGAACCCGAUCGUUCUGGAUGCAAGAAGCUACCAAAGGAAGAGGAUGUACGACUUGGUGAUUGGGCUGCUGUAAACUUGACAAGUGAACAAGUACACUAUGUCGCAUUGGAUGCAUUUGCAGGGUUUGAGAUCUACAAGAGGAUAAGAGGGUAUGGCUCUAUUGGGAAAAGGAUUUCUGAUUCAACAGAAGCAGCUUAUGAUACGAUCAAUCCUGGUGAUGACAACCCUGAUGACGAUCAAAGUGAAGAUUCCACCAGCUUGGAUUCAAAUGAUGAUGUCGAUAAUGUUCCACACCCAGUAUCAGGAGUCGAUGUUAAUAGCGUUGAGUUUGGACACAUGGUUAUGUGUACUCUUCCAUCCACUGCAUCAUCUGAUAACGUUGUCCGCUCGAGAGUUCUCAAAGAUGUGUACCAUUUGAUGGCCAUGGUUCGUGUACCACGAAAGCAUGGAGCUUCUGCAGAAUUUGCAAGAAAGCUUCGUGACGCUCUCUUUAUCGUUGACUCUGAUGACAAGGCUCAUGUAAUACCUCCUGCAGAAACAUUGUAUUUUAUCAUCAAGCAGCUUUUUGAAAGUUAUGGGCCUAUCAAAUGUGCAAGAGCUGGAAGACCUUUGUUUGACAACGAGGCAUGGCAACAAGCAAGAAAUGUUCUCACAACAAUACACCAUGGCUAUGUAUCUGAUCCACCUGGAAUGUCAUUCUAUUACCUGAUGCGCUAUGAUAAAAAUGGCUUGCCAUUGUAUCGUUGUUGCCGAGGAACAACUUCUCUUGAGGGUAGUAUCCACCAAAAUGUGAUUCGAAAGUUCGGAUCAUUUGGAGCUAGUCCUCAGCUUGCAGAUGCAGUAUUGGUCGAUUAUCGUUUACGUCAUAAUAUCGAUGUUGGUACCAUGAACUGGUAUGGCAGAUUGCACAAAGGUCACUACGAUCCAUGGCUCCUUCAAUGCAUCGCUGAUUUACGUGUUACACUCAGAUUGCCGACAAGUCAGGGUGAUGCUGGUGCUCAUCAUCAUGCAUUAUAUCUCACUUAUGAUAAACGAUCUGCAAUUGAAGCCAUACCAGCAAUCGAUUGA